AUGAGUGAAUCUCGGGUUGGGGACAAUGAUGUCAUGACAGGAACCUUCUUGGUACAGUCAAUACCGACAUUGGUUCUAUUCGACUCGGGGGCAUCCAAUUCGUUUGUAUCUUCGGAGUUAGUCAAGAAGCUGGGAUUGACCGAUUGUGUAAAGGUGAAGCUGAGUGUGAAAGUAGCUUCGGGAGAAGUUAAGUCGUGCAACCGGCUGUUCAAGAAUGUCAAGAUUGCCAUCAAUGGGGAUGAAUUCCCUAGCAACUUGAUUCAGUUUGAUUUGGACGGAGUGGACGUGAUCUUGCGAAUGGAUUGGUUGGUACAACACAAGUCUUAG